GCCGCCACAACGGAUAGGCCCAGAGAUCUCCUGCUGAUACAGCAGGCCAAGCCCGCCGGCGGCAGCAAAUCCUCGAGCGGCGGUCCAACGUACAUCGGCACCGAUGCCGCCACGGCAGCGGCGGUGGCCAAUCUGCGCAGCAAGGUGCCCUCCAUCUCAAUAAUCCCGCUGCCCGUCUCGACGACCAUUGUGGCACGCAGUGGUAGCAGUGCCUCUGGCGCUGGCGGCAGUGGAGGAGCACCGCCAGCACUGCCCCAGCUGAUCCAGUCGUCGCGGAGUGUGUCCACCAAGUCCACGGGCACGUCUCCACCAUUGGCCUUUAUUACGGAAGGCUCUGGAACAUCGGGUGCUCCCGCCCUGACCCUGCUGCCACGACCCCAGCAGCAGCACCAGUACCAGCAGACCGACAAGUGCACGGUCCUCAAACUGGACGUACUGAAGCAGCAGUCGGGUGUGGCAGCCAACUCCAGCAGUAACACCUACCUGCAGAUCGAGCAGCAGCUGAGCGAACUGGAGGCCGCCGACGAGGAGGAGGAGAACAUGGCCAGUUUGCUGGGCAGUGCGCCACCCGCCCAAAUACUGGCCAAUCAGCCCAUCAUCGUCAAGAUCGAGCCCACGCAAUCCUUCCACAUCGUGGACGAGGGCGACACGAGGGUGCUGAGCUUACCCCUCAGCGAUGCGGAUAAGCUGGGCGCCAGUUGGAUAGAUCUCAAGGAUAUUGCCGGCCUACAGGCGGGUGGCGGAGCCACCUUGCUGGACGUCUGCUUCGAGCAGGCCAACGAGGACGGCACCAUCAUAGCCACCGUGCAGCCGGACCUGGAAAACGAGCUCGAGGCUGAGCUGAAGGCGGAGGGCGAGCCCGAGGAUGAGACUGAGCCAGAGCCUCCGGCGCCCAAGAGAUUGGCCACCACCAGGCCAGCACAGUCGCGGCCACAACAGCAGCAGCAGCAGCAGGUGAAAUUCCUAUCGGAUCCACCGGCAUUGGCGCGCUCCAGCAGCUUCAGCAGCCUCAGCAGCUUUAGCAGCAUCAGCAAUAUCAGUUCCGUGUGCAAAAACAUGGCCAGCAAUACCAGCCAGGAGGGCUCCCUGAAACACACAAAGGAGCGAACUCCUCCGCCAAUGACACCGCUCACGACUCAUAAGCCCGCUGCCACAUCAACAGCAACAUCAGCAACAUCCGCAGCAUCUGCAACAUCAGCAGCAACAGCAAGUGCAACAGCAACAUCGGUCAGGGAAAACAGCAGAGAACACAGCAGCGGCAGCAGCAGCAAUGGAGCCAUGACAGCUCAAAUUGAGAUAAUUCCAUGCAAAGUCUGCGGCGACAAGUCAUCCGGCGUGCAUUACGGAGUGAUCACCUGCGAGGGCUGCAAGGGAUUCUUUCGAAGAUCGCAGAGCUCCGUGGUCAACUACCAGUGUCCGCGCAACAAGCAAUGUGUGGUGGACCGUGUUAACCGCAACCGAUGUCAAUAUUGUAGACUGCAAAAGUGCCUAAAACUGGGAAUGAGCCGUGAUGCUGUAAAGUUCGGCAGGAUGUCCAAGAAGCAGCGCGAGAAGGUCGAGGACGAGGUGCGCUUCCAUCGCGCCCAGAUGCGGGCACAAAGCGACGCGGCACCGGAUAGCUCCGUAUACGACACACAGACGCCCUCGAGCAGCGACCAGCUGCAUCACAACAAUUACAACAGCUACAGCGGCGGCUACUCCAACAACGAGGUGGGCUACGGCAGUCCCUACGGAUACUCGGCCUCCGUGACGCCCCAGCAGACCAUGCAGUACGACAUCUCGGCGGACUACGUGGACAGCACCACCUACGAGCCGCGCAGUACAAUAAUCGAUCCCGAAUUUAUUAGUCACGCGGAUGGCGAUAUCAACGAUGUGCUGAUCAAGACGCUGGCGGAGGCGCAUGCCAACACAAAUACCAAACUGGAAGCUGUGCACGACAUGUUCCGAAAGCAGCCGGAUGUGUCGCGCAUUCUCUACUACAAGAAUCUGGGCCAAGAGGAACUCUGGCUGGACUGCGCCGAGAAGCUUACACAAAUGAUACAGAACAUAAUCGAAUUUGCUAAGCUCAUACCGGGAUUCAUGCGCCUGAGUCAGGACGAUCAGAUAUUACUGCUGAAGACGGGCUCCUUUGAGCUGGCGAUUGUUCGCAUGUCCAGACUGCUUGAUCUCUCACAGAACGCGGUUCUCUACGGCGACGUAAUGCUGCCCCAGGAGGCGUUCUACACAUCCGACUCGGAGGAGAUGCGUCUGGUGUCGCGCAUCUUCCAAACGGCCAAGUCGAUAGCCGAACUCAAACUGACUGAAACCGAACUGGCGCUGUAUCAGAGCUUAGUGCUGCUCUGGCCAGAACGCAAUGGAGUGCGUGGUAAUACGGAAAUACAGAGGCUUUUCAAUCUGAGCAUGAAUGCGAUCCGGCAGGAGCUGGAAACGAAUCAUGCGCCGCUCAAGGGCGAUGUCACCGUGCUGGACACACUGCUGAACAAUAUACCCAAUUUCCGCGAUAUUUCCAUCUUGCACAUGGAAUCGCUGAGCAAGUUCAAGCUGCAGCACCCGAAUGUCGUUUUUCCGGCGCUGUACAAGGAGCUGUUCUCGAUAGAUUCGCAGCAGGACCUGACAUAACAAGAGCAGCAGCCGUUCCUGGAGACGACCGCGGACGACGUUGCCGAGGAUGCGGCUGCCACCGGAUGUGUCCUGCCGCCGGUGGCGCCCCCUGCCGGGCAGCAGCCAGCGCUGCUCGAGGACUGAGGGCCGCAGGAUGUGGCAACAAUAAUUAUUUGAGUAAACACUGCACUGCGCAUGCAGCAGAUACAAGAACUUUAUCAUGAUUUAAGCUAGCAUACAACCAAGGAUGUGAUCCUCGCCAAGGACUCACUUAAAAAGAACUCUAUCUAUAUACAUAUAUAUAUUAUAUAUGACAGAGCGGAUGACGCAAAGGGAAGGGAAAAUAUUUCAAAAAUAUUGUUAACUCAGUUAAGACUUUUGCUUCGUAGAGAACCGAAACCGAAACCGAUUGCAUUUCGAGCAAGGGGCAUCAAACUGAUUUUCGAGGUUAUACUAUACAUAUACACAAACACACACACACAUAUAUAUAUAUGUAACUUCCAAACUUUCAUAUCCUGGCCCGAGCAGAUCAGAUCGACUAAGUACUUAAAACCAAGCGAAAUUCUCUACACCGCACAGCCCAGGACCCGUUGACCCCAAUAAUUCAGUUCGGUUAGUGUUAACCCCAGAAAGCCCGAUUCCGAUCCCGCCUAGGUUGUCUUUGCCUUACGUUGUAACUAAAGUAUGUGUAUUAUAUAUACAGCAGAUGUAUGUAUAACUAUGUCGUAUCGGUUAUAUGCCUAACAACAUUAUUUUUUGUAAACAACAAAAUCGAAUAUCUCGGAAAAUGUGUUCUUAUAAUUAUAUUGAUUAAUGCAAUUACAAUAUAUUUACAAUUUACCGUUACGUUUUUACAUUAUACAUAAGUCGAAGAGAAGGAAACGGAAGUUUAAGGAUUAGGAAGCUGUAUAAGAAAAGGCUUAAGGACGAGCUGAGUAGCAGUUAAAGUGAGCGAGAAAUCGAAAGAAUACCAGAAAAUUUCAAGCAAGCACAUAAAAGUAUGCAAUAUUUUGUUUAAAAACAACUUUUUAUUAGUUUCUUAAAUAUAACAUAAUUACGUACAUACACACACGUAUAUAUAGGGCUAUAUAUAUCUAUAUAUAUACAUGAUAGACAAAUCCCAAUCCGGUUCCAAGGUUUAGUAAAAAUAAAGAGAAAUAAAACGAAAAACAAAAACUUUUGAUAUGAAAUCCUACGCAUAAUUAACAACUUUUAUUGUUUCUAAGACUUAAACUUAAUUAAAAUGGAAACCAAAACAGACUGACGGACCGACCCCGACAGCAUGCCACGCCCUCCCCCGCCCCUCCCUCCUCAGAUCCUGGCAGAAAUUUAUAAGGAGCUUGAUACACAAAUCGAAAAAAGAAAUCUUCAAAGAAAAAAUAUAAAGACAAGCAAACGGCGACUUUUUUGGUUGAUACAUUUGAAAAGAAUAUACAAUUAAAUAUCUGACUGACUAUACAAAGACGUUACACACACGCAUACACACACAUACACGCAUACACACACAGCUUACAUUACAUAAAUUAGUUAAACUUAAAGUAAACAAACGACAACAAACACAUUGGAUAGUAGGUGAUAAUUGGUGUGUCUUAAAUAAACCUAACCCCCUUCCCGCCCCGCCCACUUGCUUCAUACCCAACGCCCCAAAAGCCCCACAUUUUUACUAAAUUUAAAGCUUAAUCAAAACUUUUUUGAAAUUAUUCAAGUGAAAAUUUCAGCAGGCAGGCAUAAAUAUUAAUUAACAUUAAUUAUAGAAAGGAAACUUAUAAAUAAAAUGUAUACAACAAAACUAAAAAAAUCAAAUAAAUUACAUUUUGCAAAUUCCACAAAAAAGAAAACAUGAUUUUGCAAAUUCACUUCAAAUCCUUUCCCUGAAUCCAAGCAAAAAUAUUUACACUAGCUUACAUAGAACUGGGACGAGGACAUCAAUAUUUCAAUUGAAAAAAGUCUAUGUUAAUGUAAACGAUCGAUUUGGACAUAUUUAAGUUCGACAUUUUUGGCCUUACAAAACAAAAAACAAAAAGAAGAAACCUAAAGUACUUUAUAUAUAUACAAACCAUAUAUACAAUAUAGAGAAUACAAAACUAGUUUUAAUUUAUACAAAGCAAGGGAGCAGCUUUCAAACUCAAAACAAAAAUAUCCCCGAAAAACAACAACUUUGUUAAAAACUACGCAUAAUAAAGAAAAUAAUAAACAAAGUUAAUCUAUAAUAUAAAUUGAAGUUAAGUUGGUUUGAGCGGUCGACAACAAGAACAUAAAUGUAUCUUUAAAUGAUAUAUGUAUUGUUACAUUUGUAUGCUAAGUUUUUAGAAAGGUUACAUUUUUAAAGAAUAACAAAAGAUCGCGAACUCGACAAGGUGUAAAAUGAGUACAUUUAAAUUAAAAUUUAGCGUAUAUAAUGCAUAAAUAUUAUGUUACGAUAUUUACAUUUAUAUAAAACAAAACAAAAACACUAAAGAAAACCGAAAAAACAGAAGUCCCAUAUUAAAAAUGAAAUAAAAUGAGCAGAAGCUAUAAACUGAUAAGGGAAUUCUGAAUCUUAAAAAAAAAACAGAAACCGAAAAAGGUAAACAAUUAAUUAUACAAAACCAAAAACUUAUAAAGAAUGAAAGGCAAAUUAUAUAUUAUAUAUAUGAUUAAGUAGCAUUAGGCCGACUGUUGCACAUAAACACACACCUCACACCCACACCUACACUCAGACAAACUCACACUUGCUAAUACGAAAAGCUGCGAUUGAAAGCUACAAAGGAUCAAGGAUAAAGUGCAAAAAGGAGCUUUCAUAAACACGUUUACAUUAAGUCAUUCAUUUAUGCGGUGGGAAAAAAGCAAUAAGAAAUAGCAACUGACAUGAGUACAGUGGAUACUCGCUUGAAUGGAUCAUAAGUUUCAAAUUUUAUUUUAAUUUGUAAAUUAAAAAGUUUGACUGAACUUAUUCCGAAAAACAAAGGUUUUAAGAUAAUAACUUUCAAAUAACUUUCAUAUAUAAACGACUUAGAAUUUUUUAAAAUAUUUCCGAUUUUAUACAAAAAGGUAUUCUUUACCUAAUAACCACUGUACUGUCUGUAAGUUUCGUACUCCUUUCAUCUCCCCUUUGAAUUUCCUGACCGACAAACGUGGCAUAUGAGUAAUAUAACUGGUCCGCAAACUUUGUUAUUUAUAUUUCAGCGAGCUAGACUCCGAGCAUGUUUAAUUUCAAACAAAACUAUUCAGUUUUUUAUGCCAGGGCACGAACAUAAAUAAAACCGAAAUGAACAGAUAAACCGAUAUAUUAUUUGUGUAUGUGGAUCGGUUGUAAACAAAUAAAGGCGGAGGCACACGAAUGUUGCAUAAACCGAAAAUAAAAACACAAAAACAGACUAUAGGCAUCAGCUAUCGAACAGGAAUAAGCGAUAUUUUACCACGUGCAUAAAAUGGAGAGGAAAUCAUUUUUUAUAAACUAUCACACAUUCACAAAAACACACAACACUCACACACACGCAUGUAGCUUUAGUUUACUAGGUGAAUUCGUUUUUAUAUAUUUGUAAAUUGUUUUUAGGUAAAUUGAAUUAUAUAUACACAGACAUUUACAGACAUAUAUAUGUGCAUAUAUAUAUAUAUAUGAAUCUCGAUACAUAUACACGCAUAUAUAUGGAACAGAUUAUAUAUAUUAUGUCAUACUUCAUUAUGAUUAUUACGAUUAUUAUGAUUCAACACAGAACCCAGAAAAAGGCAAGCAUCUAAUGGUGAAACCAACCAACCAAAUUAUCCGAGAAUAAAAUGCUGGAAAAGCCGUUCAAGCCGCAGUUGAAGAUGCAGAGAUCGGAAAAGAGCAGAAAUAAUUCAAUUCAUUCUUAACAAUAAAAUGUAAUCUGAAUUAUACAAAACAAAAAAACAACAACAACAGCAAACCGAAAAAGAAAACAAAAGAAAAUCAUAAAGAAAACAUUUUCAAAAGCUUUUACUUACUGGGAAAUUGAGAUGGGUUGCGAGCCGUCAUUAAAUGGCCUUUAUUAUGUCGAUUUUCCAAUUAAAAAUCGUAUUAAUUGGCCAACGGCAUUGUUCGAAGCAGCAUUUUGCAUUUAUAAUCCACAUUAAUAAAACGUCAAUCAUUCGGAUGGGAAGUGCAGACAUCGGCCACCGGAGACAGGAAAUGUGCGAGAUUUUCGCACGGAAGUUGACUGGCUGAUAUCCAUUAUAAAGUGGGUAUAUUUAAGUACGUAAGAUACUGCUAAGGUAUGUAUCUACGCGUCAUUCUGAAAUUAUAUCAAUUGGAAAGUAAAGUAUUUAAGAAAUUCAGAAUUAAGAAUCUUACUUCCGAUUAAAGAAAAAGCUAAACAAAUGCCACGUAUUCGCAGGACUUUAAAGUAAUUUAGGUUAACUUCAGAAACCCAAGAAGUCUGCAUAAAUCCUUAUGUUAAGUAAUCCAGAGUUGAGUAAAUCAAAGUGAAUAUAAUCGUAAAACAAACUGAGUUCUCCACAUGAAUGGGAACACCAAUUCCCAUGUUAUUUAGGUCGAUUGCAGUCAAGUGUAUGCGAUCAUGAGUCAUUUGAUGGCCAACCCGCUGGGCAGGCCAAAAUGUCUCCAGAAGGCCAAACAUUGCGGCUGAGUACGCAUGUUAGCUCGAUUUCUGCUGAGUUCAGCAAACUUCUGUGGCAAUCCGAAUACUCAAUCGUCUAACUCGCUUUUGAUGGCCAUAAAUUCGAGCGCCCCCUGCCAUCGAAUCGACAGUUUCAGUCUCGGUGGCCAUAAAAACGUGCUGCAUACAAAAGUCGGAGAGAAUCUUGUAUGCUGCUUUUCAAUGCGAAAUAACAGAGUGGCAACAACCACAACGACACCUGGGCGCCCCGUUAAAGGCAAUUCCAUGUUUUAGCCAAAGCAAAACUUUGCCCCACCAGCCUCCCCACUCGAAACAACGCACACGUACACUUGUGGUCAGAACUAGAUUUAUGGCCACUUUCACAUGCUCGUAUACGCAAGUUCUCGAUUCCGAUUACAGUGGCAAGGUCACUUUUAAAGAUGCCAACAAGCAAAUUGUUUUCCAUGCGAGCAGCUCUUCGAGUCCGUCCUUAAAUCUUAACAAUUGAUACAUCAGCUUUCGAGUUUCAAGGACGUUUAAACAGUUGCUGAUGUGGACGUGGGUUUGAUUUACUGACGGUAUGAAAUUCAUAUACAGUAGGAUUAUAGUUGUUUCAUUGCUUAGAGUGGCGAAGUAAGAGAAAACUGAAAAAUCCAUUUAACAGGAUUCACAGACGAGUCCUUGUCCGUUUGUUUGUCCGUCCGUAUAAACAUGUAAACUACCGAUGUAUGAAAUUCGUCCUUAAACACUUUACAUACAUUAUGAAGUUACAGUAACAGUUGUACAUCCAAUUACAUCACUCAAUUACGGGUCUGAAAAUUCCUCGGACCUACUAAGGAUAAUUAGUAAAUGACGCUAGUUAAAGCCACACGAUACAAACUGGUUAUUAUUGUGAUUAAGGAAAAGCGUCAGCCCGAUUUUAAAGAUACAAAAUGUUAUUCACUUUCUGGUCUGGUCGAACUAAAGCUUGAUCCCAAUCGCGAGCUCUUUAAUAUGGUCAUCAAUUACAUAUGGGUAAAUGAAGCGCGAAACACCGGCGGCUGGAGUAUGCAAAUGCAUAAUGCAUACACACAUUUUCACUUUGUUUUCAUUUCGAUUUUUCGCAACCAUGUUUUUUAUUCAGCUUUGGUUUGGCUCUGCAAUUUUAACGCGCUUCCGUCAAUUAAACUUACGAGGCGCAACUGGCAAACUGGAAAAUUGUGUCACACACAUGCCACCCGAAACCCACCCACCGGAUUGGGGUGGUGGUGGUGGCACGUCGAGGAGGGGUUGCGUUGUUGCACAUGAAUGUUGCAUGUUGCUUACAUUCGCAUAUGCGGCGAUGAUCGACAUAGUUAAGUGAAAAUUUAUUGCUAAAGGAAGUGGCUGGCGGACGGGGAGACAACGGCCUGAUGUAUCGGUUUCCGGGGCUUUUGGUUGGCUUUCGGUUGGAUAAUCCUUGCCAGGCCAUUCGGCAGUGAAAGGCCGUAAGCACAACAGGUUAAGCAAAUUUGGCAUCGGCACUUUCGUUUGCAUUGGCAUCAACGCCGUUGGCCAUCUCCAAUAUUCAUCUUUUGGCGAAGUGCACAGUGUUUCAUUCCACGGCCUUGUGCUGCAGUUCUGUGUGUUUAAAAAAUAAGUGAUUUUAAUAAGAUUCGUAAAGUAAGAAUAUAUCAAGGUAAUGAAAGAAUUCUACAGGGUUUUCUUAUCGGAAAAACACAGCUGAUCCCACAGACUUUGAAACGUUAGAUAGAUAUAGAAUAGAUAUAAUAGAUAUAAUGAUAUAUAGAACAUUUAUGUUUACAAAUUUGUGUUGUAUGAACUCAAAAAUUAGCUAUCGUUAAAAUGGCUUAAAACUGUCAACAUUUCAAGCACAAGUACCAGAUAUGUUCGACACAUUUUCUAGCCUCUAUUAACAGGAAUGUAUUUUUAGCUGAUGUUGCCACUUUCAAUGCAAAUGUGGUGCUAAUAGCCCGGUGCCAGUCAGCCACCGCAUCGAAUCGAGCCACUUUGUGUGCAAUUAAUUUUGACACUUUUUCGCAAUUGCGCGAUCAUGCUGGAAAAGUGGUCCGAACCGGUCAAAUGGCCCGAUCAAAUCGGUUUGCUUUUAUGAUUAUAUCAUCAAAAUGUGCCUGUUAAUUGCCCCAACUUCUGGCGAUGGAACCCCGCGAGGAGAAAACUUUCCUCCGCGCCAGCAAUUGCAGACCAAUAAGUGGCCGUGGAUGUAUCAUAGUUAUAUCAUUUCAGGCGGAACAGCGCUGAAAAAGCGGCCAGAAAAGCCAAACUAGUUGGAUGAGACCGUCUCCAACGGGGCGAAGACAAUGACCAAGUGUCGUGCCGGUCUGGAUUUGUCAUUGUUAUGCAAUCGCCGCCGCGGCGUGCCAGUGAAACCAGUUGAUUAGCUGGUAGAAAUGGUCGAAACGGUUGCAAUGGUAGAAAUGGCCGAAAUGGAGCGCUUCCUGCAUUACAUUCAUGCAGCCAUGAUACCACCAGUACCUUCCACGCAGACCCAGCGGCCAGAAUGGCCAAUCAAAUGAAUUGCCAUCGCGUUGCACAUGCAAAUUGCAAUCAAAUGCAGGGCGGUGCGGGUGCAGGAACACUGCUACAAAUUGCCCUCAAAUUACUUUCGAAAUAUUUGCAAAAUAAGCCAGAUUACUAACAAUCAAAAUAGUUGUAGAACCAAUAGGUUUACCAUACAAUUCAUUGUAAUAAUGCAAAUAAUUUGUUAUUUUUUCGGGAUAGAUGGUCAUAGAUACAUAGUAAAGCUAAUUCAUUGAUAAGAUUAAUUAAACAAUCAAUAAAUGACCAAAAAAGUAUGCAACAUGGUAUGUGAUCUGUAACUUUAUUAACUGGAUGAACAUCACAUGUUUCCUCCACAACCAUCUACAUACAUAUGGGUUAGCCUACCUUAACCUAAUAAAUUGCCCUAAUCACGCUAAUAAUAUUUUGAAUUUUAAAGUAGCUAGCUCCAAACUAGUUGCGAUACUUUUCUCUUAGUGGGAGUGCAGUUGACACGACGACAUAUUUCAGCGCACAACUCAAUUUGCGACAAACGAAUGCCAGUCGAGAUGCCUAACCAGGAAGCUGGCCAAAUCCUUGCCACUGCCACAGCGGCUGAAACAGCAACUGAAAACCGAAACUGCAACUGCAACUGCAACCUGCUGCCGGCGCCAGCACCUCCUCCCCCAGCCACGCCCCCCGUUUCCGAGCGCUGGAGGCGGACAGACCGACAUAAUCGCUGCGUUUAACUCAGGCACUGGCUUCAAUUACACGCUGCCCCAUCUCACUUGCACUCGGGCUCGGAAAAGUGUCUUCAUGUUCGGCGGCUUUUCCAGCGUUUGCCACCGUGGGUGCGAGCGAGAGGGGGACAUACGGUACGAUAGCUUAACAAAGCUUGUGGCUUUGAGCCUCAGUUUCUGGAUUGCUGCUGGCGCCUGACUUUGCUGGUUACUUUGGGUUCGCUUAGGCUUUGGCUUUGGCUUUGCUACGGUUUGUUUGCGGCAUGUGUUUUCACUAUCAUGCCCCAGGAUGACUGGACACCCUACACCAAGCCAAUUUUCGGGGUAUAUGGUAAUGCAACUUGUUAGCAAAGCAAUUAAGGUGCACGUGGGAAGCUAUACAAUAUUCCUAGAAGUUUUCAAAGUUAGAUAUUUAAAUUGCGUAACAAAACUUUCAUUUAACCAGAAUAUAUCUGAAUUGUAUUUCGAAGAAUUCAUUAAAAUAAACUUUUAAAUAGUAGCUUCCAAAUGUAUCCUUUGUACUAGCGAAUUUAAGGCGAAUUGUUGACAACUUUUAAAUACUAUUAUAUGUAUUUAUUAUUAAGUAAUUACCUAUAGCAGCGCAUUUGGAAAGUCGACCAAAUCCGAGUGAUGCCAAGCGUCUGUUAACAUGGCCACAAGUCCGAGUCCGAGUUCGAAGCCCAGUCCGAGCUGAAGCAAGUCGACUGGCCACUUCCGCUGCCCCUCCGCCGGCUCCUUGGGCCAACUUGAUUAUGUUUUUGUUUUUUUUUUGUUUUUUUUUACUUCGUUUCCAACUCAGCGACUUCGUGUCACCGUCACCGUCGCCGCACUGUUGCAGCAAGUGGCGCUGCCGUCUGUGGCACGUUUCACUGUAGCUCAUAACUUUUUUCUUCGCUUUUUGGCUCAUAUUUAAGCGGUUGCAGGCGGUGGGUCCCAGAGCAAUUCCAUUUCUACGCCCGUCGUCGAUGGUUUACCGAAAUCCGCACUCUUAAUACAAUUAAACAGCGUCGAAUAAAUAUAUUAAAAAAAAA